AUGGCGGGAAAAAUGACGCUGUACAAGCUGGUGGUGCUCGGCGACGGCGGUGUGGGCAAGACGGCCCUGACCAUCCAGCUGUGUCUAAACCACUUCGUCGAGACAUAUGAUCCCACCAUUGAGGACUCGUACCGCAAGCAGGUGCAGAUCGACAGCCAGUCGUGCAUGCUCGAAGUCCUUGACACGGCCGGCCAAGAGGAAUACAUUGCCUUACGAGACCAAUGGAUCCGUGAUGGCGAGGGCUUCGUGCUCGUCUACAGCAUCUCUUCCCGUUCCUCGUUUGCCCGCAUACAGCGUUUCCACAGCCAGAUCCAGCGCGUCAAGGAGACGGCUAUGGGUGGAUCCCCCACAUAUCCCGGCUCGCCCAUGAGCGCGACUAUGCCCAUGUUUGGCUCGGCACCCGUGAUGCUCGUCGGCAACAAAUGCGACCGCGUCACCGAGCGCGAAGUAUCCACACAGGAGGGUCAGGCCCUAGCCAAGGACCUGGGCUGCGACUUUGUCGAAGCAUCCGCAAAGAACUGCGUCAACGUCGAAAAGGCCUUCUUCGACGUGGUGAGACAACUGCGGCGACAACGCAAUCAAGGCGGCCGCGUGCAGCCUGAUCCACGAGACCGACGCACACGCACUGGCCUCAACAAGGAGGCACCUGUCUGCGGGCAAACGACGGAUAUCGUGGAAGAGGUGGACACAACAGUGGCAGACGGCAAAAGGAUAAGCCGAAGAGCGGCGUUUCCCAUUGCACGCAUCAAUGGUCUCCACUUGGUUGGCAUGAGACCCCGGGCGUUCUGGAGCACUUUCAACAUCUUUUGA